CUCUCAUCAGUUCAUCCUUGCAUCUCAUCAGUUCAUCCUUGCAGAUCUUUAUAUCAGCGGCACAUGUCAUCUUAAUUGAGCCAGGUCUUAUUUUCCGUUCAUUGGGCUCGGAAAGGGAGUAUCCAUCAUAUGGGCCAUAGUCUUGGGGUGCGAAGGUUUGUGGGUUUUUAAUAUUUUUAAAAUCCAAUGGGUCCUAAACCAGUAAACCCCCAUAUAUACUAGUGAACACUCUAUAUCGAUCGCGGAAGAAAGGCAAGGUUGGGAAGAGGAUGGCAGCUAGGAUUGUUUCGGUAGCUAAAAGGGUUUCUAGGUCUCAGCCAUUCCUACUGCAGCACUACGGAUCUCAAGACUUUCUCUGCAACCGCUCAUCCCCGCUGACACGGCCACCACACUCACAAGUCAAAUCUGUACCCAACGCAACAGAGAAAAAGGAAUUGGAGGAUUUUUUGGCAAAGUUGGACCUUAGCAUGGAGGAAAUUAAGAAAGCAAAUGCACAAGUGCAGGAGUUGGAACCUCUGGUAGAGGAAUUCCGUGUUGUGGCAGCCAAAUUGAUUGAGGAUGCUUAUUCGAAAAAAUUAAGAUAUCAAGUCCUUUAUGAACGCCGUAAUGUAACCCGUAGCUGUGUGGCAGUUGGUGCCAUUGUCAUGCUUUUAGUUGGACGCUACUUCUAGGGGGUUGCAGCUGGAAAGUGAAGCAAACUGCUUUAUAUUAUCUCCUAAUCAACUUUGAAUGUAAUUAUCUCAUUCCAUGUCGUUGAAUGUAAUUAUGGGAGGGUUCAGUGUAGGUGUUUGGAUUCCAAUGGCAACUAACUUAGAUCUUCUGUCUGUUGGAUUUGCUAUUUUACCAAGUAUAUGGAUAAUGGAUGGUCUAUGCAUUUUUCUUUGGAUCUAUCAUGGGAAAAAAGGACAAGAUUUAUGAUAUUAUUAGAAAA